GCAGGGAAAGCUGGCAAGAGGUUGCAGACGGCCGCAAUUGUGGAAGAGUCAUUGAGAAGGAAGAUACAAGAAUUGGAGACAGAAAUUCGAGAACAGUUGGCAGAAGCAGACAUGUUGCUAGAACACACUGGAAUGAGGCGAAGAGGAGGAGUCCCAGCGCGCCACUCUGAGGGGAGGAGCCAACUCCUCCCACUACCACCGCCCCAUCAUGGGGGAGGGGGGCGUGGAGGGCAGCACAGCACCCGCCUCUAUCCGACACUGCACGGCUUGGACCCAGCAGCGCCACCUGCCAUGGUGGAGGCUUCUGGAAGUGCAGUGGACAUCUCGGACACUAUUGAGCUGGGAGGCAGUUUCAUCGCACACUAUCCGGCUAUUGGAGGUCUGUUUGAGCCAAUGAACAGCACCCCACCUGGCGGGUACCAACAGCCAACAGGGAGAGGCCCCUGUUACCAACAAUCUACAGCUGAUGCUCAAGCCAGCAUGGGCCUACCAACAGGCCCUGGCCUCUACACUUCAUAUGUGACCCACUACCAACAACCUGCUCAACCCCAGCAGGGCCAUUACCAGCCACUGGCCACUGCUACAGCACCCACUCCAACACCAUCCAUGCUGUUACCAGCGCCACCUGCAACCAAUCCCCAAUACCUGCCACCCGAACAAGCCAACCAAGCACCAGCGAAUGAUGACGCAACUGCUGUUGCUGCUCUCAAGAGACUAUGAGGAUAAUGGUGAUGA